AUGUGUUCCUGCUCCCCCGGCUCCCCUCCGCCUCCUCCACCAUUGUCCCAGAGUGGGACGCCCGCUCCCUGCUUCAAGGAGUCUGCUAAAGGCACCUCUCAAGCCGGAGGUGCGGACUCCUUUCCCCUCCUCAACACUUUCCCCGGCUCAGUCUCAAACUCAUUGUCUGAGCAAAAGCAGGACAUUAGUCACUGCGGCCCGACGGGAGCCCGCGGGCUAAGGACCACAGCUCGAGCCCGGGACAGAGGGGAGGAGAGAGCGCUACAGGGGAAAGAAUGGGAACCAGGGAAAGGUUGGGAGCUGACGUGUGUUUGUUCCGGGCCUCAGACUUUCUUCCAAACUCUUCCAAAGCCGAGCGUCUGUGAGAGUGUUUUGAUGCUCGGGCUCCGCUGUAGACGCUCGUGUAGCUGUAGGUUUGGGGUGUGCGGCGGAUCCAGCAAAUCCGCCAGGGAGAGAAACGACAACGGAGAGUGUGUGUGGAGCCUUCGGAGUCAGCAUCCAGGGACUGAGAGGGGGGGGGGGGGGGGGAUGGGGGGAGACCAGUUUGAUAUGAAAGUGAAGGGAGAAAGUUGUCUCCCGACGCAGCCGCUGGGAGACAACGUCAAGGAGCUGGAAGACUCCGGCACUUUGAUCUGGCGCCUCCCGUAUACUUCGCCUUACUCCUCGGGACGCUCUCUCACCUGCGGUCACGAAACACCCACUUCACAGCCGCGGAUCUGGAGAAUACUGAGCCACUCAAACGCCAUCAGAAAACCAACAAACAAGGCAGAGAACAGAGAAUAG